GUGUAUGCUCGCGUGGUCGUUUAUCAGGGUCUGCAAGGUAAGGAACUGAAAAAUAAGAAAACGGAACCUCUGGGUACAAGAGAAAGCUUUGACGAGUCAUUUGUCUUCCAAAAGAUCCCCGACCCGGCCAAUGUGAAUGUUCGAAUCACACUUGUGCAACAUGGAUUCUUAAACAAACAAGUUGCUUUUGUCGUCCUUGGCGGUGAAAUGGUAUCCAAAGGUCGGGGUGUGGCACAUUGGAAAGCAAUGUUAGAACACCCGGAAGAACAAGUUUGCGAAUGGCAAGACCUACAACUUUUCUGA